AUGGAGCGUCACCACAGCGGACGUGCAGAAGUGCUCUCCGCUCCCGGUGGAGGUGAGAAGGGCCGGUGUGACGACACUGCGGGCUUCCUGGAGCGCGAAGUGGGGCUGGACGUGGCUGCGUGCCUCAAAGCUGGCGACGUGGACGCAGAGAGUCGCUGCCUCGGUCGGAGGAAACGUGCAGCUGGAGCAGGCGGUGCAGCAGGUAGCGCUCUUACAGGAGCGGCUGCGACAGAGUUGUGCAAGGUGGUUUGUGGGGCGGCUACGCAGUGGCGACGGCUUGCUGCAGCCCCGCGUGGUGUGUGUGCACGCCUAGCUACGACAAAGGAGGACCAUGCAUGA